CCACUUCCGGAUAGUAGUGCCGGCAGCCGCGCACUAGUGCGGGGUCCCCUUCUUCCUAGAAGACGCGUCACCUACACACCUGACCUUCACGUGGGGCGCGGGACCUUGCGGGAUCCCAGCCGCAGGCACACCUGUCGUUUCCUUCGGGCGGGUGGGUUGGAGGAAAAGUCCAUGCGGGAUUCUACACAACGGCGUAGGUCGGGAUUUUAGGGCCCCGGGGUUACUUCUGCGCUCCCCCACCACAGGCGCUUUCCAGCUAUUUUCCAGUCGCCGUGAUGGCUCGUUGUGGACUCCUUUAGGAGACCCGCAAGUUCAGGGCGGGCUGUGUGGGUAACACCUCUGCCCAUGUUCCCAGAGGGCCCUACGUGGCUGCCCCAGGAGUAUCCAGAGCGCCAGGGCUCCGGGGAGGGGCAGGUGUGGGUCUGGAAACAUGCCUGGAGUGACAGUGCUUGGAGAGGGCUGGGACAAGCCGGUUCAUGCCGCGCACGCCGAGUCCGUGCGCCUGAGUGAGGGUGGGUGUGUUGGGCCGUGCGUCCAAAUGGACAGUACCGUACGGUAACGUCCUCGGAGAGUUCCCGGAGAGCCUGGCUACUCCUGCUUAGGAUAACCUCUCCCCUCCCACCAGAGUCUUGUCCUUGCGGGCAGGGCUUUUCCGAACUGGGGCUGUGUAUAUACAAAUACGUACAUGGGAGCGCUCAGCUCAAAGCCCAGCGUUUCCGAGGCUCACGUGUCCGGGGUCGGGAUGCCAGGUGGGCACGUGUGGGAGGGCGUGCCUGCGGCUGGGGCGCGGUGGGCGGGGUGGGUCCCUCCCGGUCGCUUAGCAUCUGUGCGCCUCCAGCCCAGGUGCGCGGGAGGAAGGCCGUGGCCUGGCCCGCAGAGCCCCGUGCGCCCGCGAGGUGGCGCCAUAGCCGCAGCAGCGCUCGCCGGCCCGGGCCGCUCCAGAUAAGAGUGUGCGGAAAGCGCGGCGGGGCUGAGACGCGACCAGGACGCGGGGAGGACGGACCAGCAGGACAGACCGACCGGGGGCCCGGCGGGCGGAGGGCAGAGCAGCCACGUCCCCCCUGGAUCCGCCGGCAGCCGGGCCCGGGGCUUUCGACAUGCCCCCCAGGAGAGUGUGCUGGGCAGACGAUGCUGGACACGAUGGAGGCGCCCGGACACUCCCGGCAGCUGCUGCUGCAGCUCAACAGCCAGCGCACCAAGGGCUUCUUGUGCGACGUGAUCAUCGUGGUGCAGAACGCCCUCUUCCGCGCGCACAAGAACGUGCUGGCCGCCAGCAGCGCCUACCUCAAGUCCCUGGUGGUGCACGACAACCUGCUCAACCUGGACCAUGACAUGGUGAGCCCGGCCGUGUUCCGCCUGGUGCUGGACUUCAUCUACACGGGCCGCCUGGCUGACGGCGCGGAGGCGGCAGCGGCGGCGGCCGUGGCCCCGGGGGCCGAGCCGAGCCUGGGCGCCGUGCUGGCCGCCGCCAGCUACCUGCAGAUCCCUGACCUCGUGGCUCUGUGCAAGAAGCGCCUCAAGCGCCACGGCAAGUACUGCCACCUGCGGGGCGGCGGCGGCGGCGGCGGCGGCUACGCGCCCUACGGCCGGCCGGGCCGGGGCCUGCGGGCCGCCACGCCGGUCAUCCAGACAUGCUACCCGUCCCCGGCUGGGCCUCCGCCGCCCGCCGCGGAGCCGCCCCCAGGCCCCGAGGCCGCCGUCAACACGCACUGCGCCGAGCUGUAUGCCUCGGGGCCCGGCCCAGCCGCCGCCCUCUGCGUCUCGGAGCGCCGCUGCUCCCCUCUGUGCGGCCUGGACCUGUCCAAAAAGAGCCCCCCGGGCUCCGCGGCGCCAGAGCGGCCGCUGGCUGAGCGCGAGCUGCCCCCGCGCCCGGACAGCCCUCCCAGCGCCGGCCCCGCCGCCUACAAGGAGCCGCCGCUCGUGCUGCCGCCGCUGCCGCUGCCUUUCCAGAAGCUGGAGGAGGCCGCGCCGCCCUCGGAUCCGUUUCGCGGCGGCAGCGGCAGCCCGGGACCCGAGCCCCCCGGCCGCCCCGACGGGACGAGUCUCCUCUACCGCUGGAUGAAGCACGAGCCGGGCCUGGGUAACUAUGGCGACGAGCUGGGCCGGGAGCGUGGCUCCCCCAGCGAGCGCUGCGAAGAGCGCGGUGGGGACGCGGCCGUCUCGCCCGGGGGACCCCCGCUCGGCCUGGCGCCGCCGCCGCGCUACCCAGGCAGCCUGGACGGGCCUGGCGCGGGCGGCGACGGCGACGACUAUAAGAGCAGCAGCGAGGAGACCGGCAGCAGCGAGGACCCCAGCCCGCCCGGCGGCCACCUCGAGGGCUACCCCUGCCCGCACCUGGCCUACGGCGAGCCCGAGAGCUUCGGCGACAACCUGUACGUGUGCAUCCCGUGCGGCAAGGGCUUCCCCAGCUCGGAGCAGCUGAACGCGCACGUGGAGGCGCACGUGGAGGAGGAGGAGGCGCUGUAUGGCAGGGCCGAGGCGGCCGAAGUGGCCGCGGGAGCCGCCGGCCUCGGUCCCCCUUUCGGAGGCGGCGGGGACAAGGUCGCCGGGGGUCCCGGGGGCCUGGGAGAGCUGCUGCGGCCCUACCGCUGCGCGUCGUGCGACAAGAGCUACAAGGAUCCAGCCACGCUGCGGCAGCACGAGAAGACGCACUGGCUGACCCGGCCCUACCCGUGCACCAUCUGCGGGAAGAAGUUCACGCAGCGUGGGACGAUGACGCGCCACAUGCGCAGCCACCUGGGUCUCAAGCCCUUCGCGUGCGACGCGUGUGGCAUGCGGUUCACGCGCCAGUACCGCCUCACCGAGCACAUGCGCAUCCACUCCGGCGAGAAGCCCUACGAGUGCCAGGUGUGCGGCGGCAAGUUCGCGCAGCAACGCAACCUCAUCAGCCACAUGAAGAUGCACGCCGUGGGGGGCGCGGCCGGCGCGGCCGGGGCGCUGGCGGGCUUGGGGGGGCUCCCCGGCGUCCCCGGCCCAGACGGCAAGGGCAAACUCGACUUCCCCGAGGGCGUCUUCGCCGUGGCCCGCCUCACGGCCGAGCAGCUGAGCCUGAAGCAGCAGGACAAGGCGGCUGCGGCCGAGCUGCUGGCGCAGACCACGCACUUCCUGCACGACCCCAAGGUGGCGCUGGAGAGCCUCUACCCACUGGCCAAGUUCACGGCCGAGCUGGGCCUCAGCCCUGACAAGGCGGCCGAGGUGCUGAGCCAGGGCGCCCACCUGGCGGCCGGGCCCGACGGCCGGACCAUCGACCGUUUCUCUCCCACCUAGUGCGCCCCUCGCCCGCCUGCCCAGUCGCUGCUGCGCGGCCCGGGCCUGCACGGCGGGGGCGGCGCGCAGGCCAACCGCGCCCGGGACAGCCCCAGCCACCGCGGCUGCGUCUCCGCAGUGGCGGCCCCACCUCUCGGCGGCCUCACCUGGCCUCACUGCUUUGUGCCUUAGCUCGGGGGUCGGGGGGGGGGUGGAAACCCCGGGACGGGGGUGGGACGGGGUAAGGGAAAUCUAUAUUUUUGAUAUCAGCUUUGACCAAAGGAGACCCCAGGCCCCUCCCCGCCUCUUCCUGUGGUUCGUUGGCCCCCUCCCCUGGCUCCGCGCUGCUCUUAGGGGGAGGGGUGUCACUUUUGGGGCACUCCUGGCCCUACCUCCGGCCCUUGCGACCACACCCAUUCUCACUGUGAAUCUCCCCGCUGGGGUCGGAGCGUCGGGCAGAGCUGGGGAGUGGGGAGGGGACUGAGCCGGCCGGAGGGCCCCCCCGCACCCCGCUCCCCCCCCCACCCCGGGACUGAUAAUGUGAAGUUCCUCAUUUUGCACAAGUGGCACUAGCCCCAGGGCCAACCCUUCCUUCCUCGACCACCGAGGGCGGGGAGUUCUGGAGUCGGAGGUUUAAGAGCCCUGGCCUACCAGCUCACCCACUCCCACGGUGCCCCCUCCCUUCCCUGGGGCCCCGGACCAUAUUUAUUGCAUGCGCCCCGGCGGCCCCCCAUCCCGAGCCCAGGCUGGGCUGGGCUGGAAUGCGGUCUCUUUAGCUCCCUCCUCUUAGUUUGUAUAUUUCCUACCUUGUACACAGGCUCUUCCAGAGCCGCUUCCAUUUUCUAUACUCGAACCAAACAGCAAUAAAGCAGUAACCAAGGACCCCGACCCCCGCUCUCUUCUGCCCUUGCACAAGGACCUGGGUGGCAGAACCCGCUGGGUGGAGGAACCAGAAAGGGCCACCCUCACACAGGUACAGAGGCAUGGGCCUGCCUCCCCUUCCCAUCCCAGAAACAGGUCAGCAAGAGGUCAGGUAUAUUUCAUAACUAAAAAUUUAUUAAGGAAACAAAACCAGUGCUGCAAACGGGACAGCAAGGAGAGAUGGGUCUCCCUCCCAACCCCCAGUCAUCCACCUCUGGGCUGGGGAGAGGAUCUUAAAGGAGAAGCCAGGGACCCUGUACUCCCUGUACCCCACCUUCUGAGAUUCUAGGGGACUCACCCCCCCAAACUAUUGGCCUUGGGUUCCCAGCACAGUGCCUCUGCUCUGGCAUAGUCCUGGGCCUCAGGGAGGGCAGAGCUGUGCAGUCUGGCCCUGGGCUCUGGUCCCAUUAAGAUUUGCCCCUGGCUCCACCUAAAGCCCUGUCUUGCCUAAGUCAUCCUUAUCUCUGGCCUUGGGUUGGAGGAACUCAUUCCUGGUAA